AUGAACACUUCUGUGUCAAGUUUGACAACUUUCCCUCUGGAGGUUGUCAUAGAGAUAUGUCGGCAGCUUGAGGCCCCCCAGGACCGAUUGAAUCUUGUAUGCUGUUCGCGACAAUUCCAUAAAAUAUUCCUGCCAUUGCUCUAUCAAAAACUAUGGGUUGGGGGCGACCUCCUCCGCCCAAUUGUCCAGCUUAGCGAGACUCUUGCUAAGAACCCGUCUCUCGCAGCGUGUGUGGAGGCCGUACAUCUGUCCGCCUGGGAGACAGAACAGGGAACCCACGAGGCAGACUUCGAGAAAGCGCUGAGAUUACACAAAGAAUAUCCUGCCAUCGAUGGUGAAGAUGAACUGUAUGAUUGGUCGCUAGAUGAGAGCGUCCGUUUAGAUCGCAUUGACUACGGCCCUCUCUACGAACAGGCACAGCGCGUGACUCGCUCUACAGACAAAGCAGACUUCUGGCUGGAUGCGUUGCAGAUCGGAAGUGGCGACGCAUGGAUUGCACUACUGCUUACCUUCUUGCCUAAUCUGCGGCGACUCGAGGUUGAGUUCCCUUCCGGUCCCCUGUGGCUCCACUUUGUGAUGAGAUGGGCUGCAACUCGGGACGUGAUCUCUCUUCCGGCGGCCUCUUUCCCGCCAAUCUCUGAGGCGUAUGUGGACUGGAGCCCCCACGACAUUUGCAUAUGUGCGGAGCACGUUAUGCCUUUCUUCUUGUUACCAUCAAUGCGCCGGUUUUACGCGAGCGAUCUGGAUGGCAGCGUAACGGGCGGUGAUGACGAGUUAUCGAGGUCAACCCCGAUGUAUGGGACCUCGUCCGUUACUCACAUUGAGAUCAAUGGGUGUAAUGGGGGAUGGGACCUGUUCAAGGUGAUAGGCUCCUGCAAAAGCCUCCAGUCUUUCAAAUACAAUCACCGGGGCUGCCUCGACUAUAAACCAACGGAGUUAUACGGUGCUCUUCUCCCAAUGAGAGAAACACUUGACACGAUAUGGCUGGAUAUUAAGCAGAGGCACAAUCGGCAUGAUGACGAUCACCAAUGCGAUGAUGCACUUCCUUCCUUCCGGGACUUUGCUGUUCUGAAAACACUCCAUCUCAGACUAGGGAACUUGCCGGUUUUGAAGGAGAGAGAAUCCGACAUGUCCCUUGCUCAAGCCCUUCCGCCUUCAAUCGAGACCCUGCAAAUUGCGGAUACAGGAAACGUCGGGGAUCUCCAGGUCUUUGCCCAAAAAUUGCAAGAUCAUGUUGGCAAUGGCUUGGAGUCCACUCCCGCAUUGACACAGAUUGACUUCAAACCUUUGUCCAAUUCUGCAGAGGUAUCAGCAUUGGUGGAGAGCAUGACUUCAAUCUGCGCCAAAGCGGAAAUGAAGUUCCGAGUGCGCGGUAUUCCCGGUGGUCGGACUGAUUGGGGUGCUGCUGGGUUUGCACCACGUCCAUCACGACCUGCCAAAAUAGAUCGGUUCUGA